AUGUCAACUUCGGAAGAAACUGCUGAAAAUUCUGGAGAAAAUGCAGGAGAGAGAAAGAUGUGUCGAGAUUUUCAACGUGGUGUCUGUCGGAGACACCAGUGCAAGUUUAGGCACGAAAUUUCAAAUACAGCACCCGAUGGAGUAAUGUUUUGUCACGACUUUCAAAAUCGAACUUGUACGAGAAUUAAUUGCAAAUUUCUACAUUAUUCUGUUACGGAUGAAAUAUUCUUCAGAACAAACGGAUAUUUUCCUCAUGAGGCAGAAAAUGUGAUGCGUGAUAGAGGAAAAGGAGGACCGGCUUGCAAAGAUUUUAUUUUGGGCUCUUGCAGGCGCAGAAACGACUGCAAGUUCCGCCACAUCACCUAUGCGCAAUAUCAAGAAGAAAAUGGAAAUUCUGAAAAUGGCCAUGGUAUUCGAAAACCUCACCAAAUACCCAGUAAUAAUUUUCACGAAGAGCCCAAAAAACUGGUAUCGUGGAGAUUGAACAAUAACAUACGAAGUUUGAGACAAGAUUAUGUGAAACAAGAUAUCGGUUACAGCAGCAUAGAUGAUAGGCAUCCAAAUGAAAUUAAUGGUGUUUUGUACCAGACCCAUGAUGUGUCUGGUUAUGAUUCUUGUAGCGACUCUAGGGUCAUUAGAGGUGAAUACACAAUUAAUGGUGCAGGAUAUGAUUCGUAUGAACCUCCAGUUAAGAAGAGAUUUUAUGAAGAUAAAACGAAUACGUUUUAUAACAGGAUUCCUUUGGAAGAACAGAAUAUUAUAUUGAGAAAGCAAGUAGAAGAAUUACGGAAACAGGUUUCUGAUCUGACGGCAACAAAUGAAUUUUUGUUGGAGCAAAAUGCACAGUUGCGUAUGGGAGGUUCCAGACAAGGAAAUGUGACUGCAGUCACAGUGCCUGCUGUUACUAUAACAAACACUACGGUUCCACCUACGACUCAACCUCAGCCACAGGUUAUCAGGACGGUGACUGCCAGUGUGGCAACUGUUCCAGUCUCAAUAGGCGCAGUUUCCAUGGCACCAGUUCAGGUUGCGGCACCAAUAGUUAGUAUGGCUACACCUCAAACACAAAUUAUUGCCAACAGUGCACCAAUAGCAAUUGCAAGUAACUCGCAGCAGUUGGCGCUGGCGCAGCAGAGUCUGACUGGGCCAGCUACUGCUCCGAAUCAGAUAAUCACGAGUUCAACGCAGCAGCAAAUACUUGCUUCAAAUACUCAACUGACUUUGUCCAACGCUCAGCCGACGGGACAGCAGAUUUUAACACCUAUAGGUGGUCCAGGACAGCAGCUGGCAAUGGCCCAACAAAGUCUUGCCCAUAACACUUCCCAGGCCUUGGCGAUGUCUAAUGCCUCACAACCAAUUAUAUCGUACCCAUAA